UUGAUGCUCAAAGUGAUCCAAGUGUUGUGGAACUCUGGAUUCUGGAAUGAUGACAGAUCUACUGACCAACCUGCUGCUAAUUUUCUCCCUGGAGUGGCUGGUGAGGGGUGAAAAGGCUGUGCCCCAAAUUUUCAUGGAUAUGGCACCAGAUUCCUUUGAUGACGGGUAUGAUGGAUGCAGAAACCAGGUGGUAGAAGAAUUGAAACAAGGAAACUAUUUCCAAAAAGAACUGGGUGCUCAUGAGAACUACUCAAGCAUUUGGGAAAAAGCUGAAGAGGCUUGGGCAAUGAUGUCAACCAGUUUGCUCAAAGAGAUGCAGGAGAAUCACUCUAUAGCCCUCAUUGCUUAUACCAUGAAUUCUCCACUACACUCUGACUUGAACCAGGCUAUAUCCAGAGCUGGGAAAUCUCCAGGGCACUACAGACACAACUUCCCCUUCAAAUAUUUGCACUUCUACCUGACUACAGCAGUUCAACUGGUAAGGAGGUGGGGAAGUGGCACAACAACAAACAAGUGCUAUCAGGUAUACAGGGGGGUAAAAGGCCUGCAUUUUGAGGCUAAACUUGGCAGUACAGUGCGAUUUGGCCGCUUUGCCUCCUCCUCUCUCCUUUGGAAGGAAGCCAAGAAAUUUGGGACCGAAACAAUGUUCAUCAUAAAGACUUGCCUGGGAGCACCUGUGCAGCAGUUCUCCCACUAUGCAUCUGAGAGGGAGGUCCUUAUCCCCCCCUAUGAAGUAUUCAGAGUCAGGAAAGUCAACUGGACACAGAGAGGCAACUGGCUGCGUCUGGACUCUUUGGGGAAUUAUAGCAAGUACAAUUGCGAACUACUGAAAGCAUCAAGUAACAAGAACUGUGUCAGCACACCAUGGGUCACUGUUUUUCUUUCUUGUGUGAUCACUGAUUCCUUAUACUUGGCCAGACAAUGGCUUUUUCCCUGAUUCCAGAUGGAUUCAUAUGCUGAGUGAGCAAGAGUGAAGAAUGGAGCAGAGAGAAUGACAAGCUAGCGAUAAAGCAAUAGAUAUUACUGAUGUAACAAAAUGCCAAACACCUUUUGUAACUUCAGCUGCAAUUCUCAUUGACUAGUUGAAUCAGGGUGUGCACUGUUCAAACUCUCCAAGAACUCAUGUACUAUGUCAUCAUCAAACCAGGUCCAUGUGUAUAUACAUUGCAAAUACAAGGAUAAUUGAUCUGUGCAUGUACUAAAGAGCAUAACUGUGACUCCAGUCAGUCUCAGCCCUUUUUUGUAAGGCAUUCAGUAUGAAUAUAAACUGACUGAACAAAACUCAAGUCCUAACAGACUGUGUAUUAGCAUUUCCUUUGAAAGUCUUAGUAGGAUUUUUUUGUGUUUGCAGUAAUAGUACCCUCUGGUGGCCAAUAAUAAAAGACCUGAAAAUUACAUAUACGUUAAAUAAAAAUUGUA